AUCGAAAGUUGUGCCUGAGUUAUCGACCAUCUCAAUUGCAAAUUUUAGAAGCCAAAAAUGACUACAGAAAAAGGAGAACAACUGAGACAACAACUUAUAGCGGCAGUGGUGAAGAAACGAGCCUCAAUUGCGCGAGCCCAUGAAAUCGUUGUGCGGCUUUUGGAGCCCGGAAUACCGGAGCCCGAGUUCCUUUCUCUGCUAUGGGAGAUUGGCCCCCCAAAUUAUGCAGACAUAGUGGACGAGCGGGAAAUAAACAAACUUUGUGGAUAUCCGCUUUGUUCGACAGUUCUAGAAAACGUUCCCAAGCAAAAGUACAGCAUCUCCUCUUCCAAAAACAAAGUUUACGAUCUGACGGAACGCAAAAAAUUCUGCUCCGGAUACUGUUUUAAGGCCUCAGAAUAUAUUAAGUCACAGGUUCCCAUAUCGCCAUUGUGGCUGCGGGAUAGAGAGACGAAACCCAGCUUUAAGCUGUUACCACGAAAUACUUGACCAUCGAUAUACAUAGCUCUCAAAGCGUUUAUUUAUUUCGUAUAAGCAUUAAGACCAUUUGUUCAUUA